GGGAGAAAAAGCAAAAUGGGAGGAAACGCCACAGUGAAAAAGAGGGAGCAAAAGAACAAACGAUGCGAACGCGAAUCCUGAACCUCAACCCCAGCCAACGCAGCCUCCGCGCCGCUCGCAACCGCAUCCGAUUCGCCGCCGCCACCGCCGCCACCGCCGCCGCCGCCGCCGCCGCCGCUCCCUGAGCGCUCAUUCCCCUCCCGUCGCCACCCGCGCAGAGCCAAUGGCAGGUCCGGACGCGGUCUCGGCGCCGGAGCCGCAGAGCAAGGCCAGGGUCCUCGCGGCCCUCCUCGUGGGCGGCGCCGUCGUCGGGGCCUCGCUGCUCGGCCUCUACCUCACCGGCGCCCCGCUCGGGAUCGGGGCGGGGCUGGGGGGCUGCCGGAGGAGGAGGAGGGGGAAGAAGAGGCCGGUGAGGGUGUACAUGGACGGUUGCUUCGACAUGAUGCACUACGGCCACUGCAACGCCCUCCGGCAGGCCCGCGCCCUAGGGGACCAGCUCGUCGUCGGGGUCGUCAGCGACGCGGAGAUCGUCGUGAACAAGGGGCCGCCCGUGACGCCCCUGAACGAGAGGAUGAUAAUGGUGAACGCCGUCAAGUGGGUGGACGAGGUGAUCCCCGAUGCGCCGUACGCGAUCACCGAGGAGUUCAUGAAGAAGCUGUUCGACGAGUACCACAUCGAUUAUAUCAUCCACGGCGACGAUCCCUGCGUCCUUCCCGACGGCACCGACGCCUACGCGCUUGCGAAGAAGGCCGGGAAGUACAAGCAGAUCAAGCGUACGGAAGGUGUUUCGAGCACCGAUAUCGUUGGUCGGAUGCUGCUUUGUGUGAGGGAAAGAACUAUUAGUGACACUCAAAAUCAUUCUACCCUGCAAAGACAAUUCAGCCAUGGUCGGAGUCCAAAAGUUGAAGAUGGUGGAUCUGGUGCUGGGACUCGUAUAUCUCAUUUUCUUCCUACAUCUCGAAGAAUUGUCCAAUUUUCUAAUGGAAUUAGCCCAGGACCAGAUGCUCGUAUAAUCUAUAUAGAUGGUGCAUUUGAUCUAUUUCAUGCCGGACAUGUGGAGAUUUUGAGGGUUGCACGUGCGCUUGGAGAUUUUCUUCUUGUGGGAAUACACACUGACCAGACCGUCAGUGCUAAAAGAGGAGCACAUCGGCCAAUCAUGAAUCUUCAUGAAAGAAGCUUAAGUGUUUUGGCAUGCCGGUAUGUGGAUGAGGUGAUAAUUGGAGCCCCAUGGGAAGUGUCCAGAGAUAUGAUCACAACAUUUGAUAUUUCCUUAGUUGUCCAUGGAACAAUAGCAGAAAACAACGAUUUUCAGAAGGAUGAAGGGAAUCCAUAUGCUGUUCCAAUCAGUAUGGGCAUCUUCAAAGUCCUGGAGAGUCCUCUGGAUAUUACAACUACAACAAUAAUUCGGAGGAUUGUAGCAAAUCAUGAAGCUUUCCAGAAACGCAAUGAGAAGAAGUCAGCAAGUGAGAAGAGGUUUUAGAAACUACCAGGAGUGAAGAUUGCCAUCCUGGUUGCUCUAUGGAUCAACCAAAUAAGUCAAAUCUGCAUUAGAUAUGUUGCUUGGUCAACCUCGAGGAUGAGCGAACGAUGAAUAUCCAACAUGUGAUCGAAACUGGAAUGAUUUGACGUACAUUGUGAUGGCCCCCGACAUUUCUUAGCGACUUGAAAGUGAAAACAUGUGGGAAUUGGAAAUAGUAGAAUGGAAAGGGAUGCAAUCGCCGCAGUAGAAAUGCUGAUUUCAUAUGAUGGAUGGGAAGUGAGUUAGGUUCCUUUUUAAGUUAAAGCCACGGCAUUUCCAGUUUCAAACCUUGUAUGGAAUAUACAAUACUAGGCUUUUGCGAACAAAAUAAGAUUGAACAAUAAGAAUUCUAUGAAUGUCGCUGACUGUA